UGUCCGGUCCGGGCGGAACCCUGCGCGCACGAGCGGAAGACCUCCAGGGAUGGAGUCGAUUCCCGGGCCGCCUGGAGACCCGGGACGGGACGCCGCCUCCCCUCCCGGUGCGAAGCAGGACGCGCCGGGCUUCUCCGGUUCCGGGUCCCUCAAACCGAACCACGUGAGCGAGACGUCGCUGUACGGCGUGCCCAUCGUGUCGCUGGUCAUCGACGGCAAGGAGCGGCUGUGCCUCGCGCAGAUCUCCAACACGCUGCUCAAGAACUACUCGUACAACGAGAUCCACAACCGGCGCGUGGCGCUGGGCAUCACGUGCGUGCAGUGCACGCCGGUGCAGCUGGAGCUGCUGCGGCGCGCGGGCGCCAUGCCCAUCUCGUCGCGCCGCUGCGGGAUGAUCACCAAGCGCGAGGCCGAGCGGCUGUGCAAGUCGUUCCUGGGCGCGCACAGCCCGCCCAAGCUGCCGGAGAACUUCGCCUUCGACGUGUCGCACGAUUGCGCGUGGGGCUGCCGCGGCAGCUUCAUCCCCGCGCGCUACAACAGCUCGCGCGCCAAGUGCAUCAAGUGCGCGUUCUGCAGCAUGUACUUCUCCCCCAACAAGUUCAUCUUCCACUCGCACCGCGCGCCCGAGUCCAAGUACCUGCAGCCGGACGCCGCCAACUUCAACUCGUGGCGGCGCCACCUGCGGCUGACGGAGAAGAAGCCGUCGGAGGACGUGAGCCACGCGUGGGAGGACGUCAAGGCCAUGUUCAACGGCGGCAGCCGGAAGCGGACGCUGCCGCUGGGCGGCGGCGGGAUGAAGGCGCAGGCCGCCGGUCUGCCGCCCGCCUGCGGCUCCCCGGACGUCCCGCACAAGGCGCUGCGCUGCGACGAGGACGCGGCGGGCGCGGGCGCGGGGGCGGGGGCGGGCGCGGGCCUCAGCCUGCCGGGCGGCGCGCGCUCCUACCCGGUCAUCCCGGUGCCCAGCAAGAGCUUCGGCCUGCUGCAGAAGCUGCCGCCGCCGCUCUUCCCGCACCACCCGUACGGAUUCCCGGGCUACGGCCUGUGCCCGAAGAAGAGCGACCCGGUCCCGGACCCCGCCAAGCCCGGCGUCCCGGGGGUCUUCUGGCCCGGCGCCAAGGACGCGCUGUACCCGGCCUUCCCGGUCUUCUGGCCCGCGCCCGGAGGCCUGCCCAUGCCGCCCUACCCGGGCUCCCCGCCCAAACCGGUCCCGGAGCUGCCGGUCGUCCGCCAGGCCGAGCUGGACCCGUCGGACCAGGGCGACCGGGGCGCGCACACGCCCAAAGACUCGAGCCAGCCGCACGCGCAGGAGGCCGCGGAGCGCUGCGGGAGCUCGCACUCUGAGGACCGGUCCUCGGACGAGGCCCCGCACCGGAAGAUCAGCUACAUCUCCGCCUUCCGGCCGGUCGUCAAGGACGCGGAGACCAUCGCCAAGCUGUACGGGAACCGGGACGGGUUCGGGGCCGCGCGGCCCGGGUACCUGUCCCCGGAUUUUAUCAGCGAGAGCUCCAGCUACAGGUCCGCGUCCCCGGACCGGGACAGCGCGGCGGACGACGACGAGGACGACGACCCGGACGUGGACGUGGAGUCCAACCGGGGGCAGGACGACGAGGACCCGGUCCGGAUCUCUCCGGGGGAGGAGGACCGGGUGUCCCCCGGGACCGAGGAGAGCCGGGAGCCCGAGGCGUCCAGCCCGGGGGACGGGACCGGCACGGCCGCGGCGGGGUCCCCCGAGAGCCCAGAGGAGGACAGACCGCUGCUGCACGGCUCCCCGCCACUGGAGGUGUACGCGCGUGAGAAGGACGGCCACGCGCUCCUGGGCAGUCCGCGCAGACCCAACGGUGUCCAUCACGUGUCGGAGCUGCUGCGCCCGCGCGCGGCGGCGGCGGUUUGCUACCAGGAGCAGAAGGACCGAGCAGCGGACGGAGCUUUGCGAAUCGACAUCAGCGUGCACGAGAGAGAUCUGGAGCACAUGGCGAAAGAGGAGCUGCAGAAGCAGCUGGUGGAGCAGGUGGAGCUGCGGAAGAAGCUGGAGAGGGAGUUCCAGCACCUGAAAGAUAACUUCCAGGACCAGAUGAAGCGGGAGCUGUCCUACCGGGAGGAGAUGGUCCAGCAGCUGCAGAUCGUUCGAGACACAUUGUGCAGCGAGUUGGACCAGGAGAGAAAGGCUCGUUAUGCAAUACAGCAGAAGCUGAAAGAAGCUCACGACGCCCUGCACCACUUCUCCUGUAAGAUGCUCACUCCUCGCCAGUGCUCCGGCGCCUGCACCUUCAAACCGCCGCUGCUGCCGCCCUGAUGCCCCGGCCACGCCCUCCUGCCCCGGCCCCGCCCUCCUGCCCCGGCCACGCCCCGUCCCGCCCCGCCCCACAGCACAGCCAAAAAGAGAGGAAGCACAGGCAGGCACUCCUCGGUGACGAGGGAGUCUCACCCAAUCAGAAGAAGAAUCACACUAUCUACAUAUUUAAAUAUAUAUAUAUAUAUAAAAUAUAUUUAUAUAUUUAUAUAUGAAGGCGACGAUGUGCAAUGGCUUGUGUAAUUGUGAAAUCCAGUUGGACACUCAUCUAGAUUUUGUUGCUUGUUUGAAUACGUUGAGUUUUUACAUUUAUUUCUUAUUUAUCUGCUUUUGACUUUU